GGCUGCUUUCUCAAUCAUAACGGCGACACGGUGAAGGAUAUGAUACGGUUCGACGACGUUUCCGACGCCAUGACUCCGACCGCAUGCGCUGCUCACUGCACUCAGCUCCAGUACGUGUUCAUGGGUCUAGCGAGAGGAAAGAGAUGUAAGUGCGGCAUGGAAUACGGCAGGUUCGGACGUCGACCGGACUCAGACUGUAACAUGGCGUGCGAGGGCGACGCCACUGUGAUGUGUGGAGCAAGCUCGAUAAACUCUGUCUACAGAGUUUAUGAAGAUGACAAAUUCAGCGAGAUGAAAUUCCGCAAUAGCGAGAUCCAGGCCGGGCAGCAGCUGGGUCGCAUUGUCAUGGCAACAACAACAGAAGCAGCAUCGGUGAUAGCGUGUGGAGUGUCCUGUCUUAUGUCACCCUCGUGCUUCGGGUUCGUGUGGAUUCAAGAAGGAACCCAAAGCUGCGAGAUUAUGUCUGCUACUGGCAACCUAGGCAACUACACCAUUCCCGCCGGAGGAAAAUACUACAGUGGUUAACUAC